AUGAAAGCUGAAAACGAUAGACGAAUUGUCAUUGUAGCUCAUCUUGAUGAUGAACAAUGUGUUGAAUCAACAAAUGAAAAAUUUAAUGAACUAAAAAUUCGUUUUAAUAAACAUUUAAAAACUAUUCCUGAAUUAUAUUCACAAGAUGAUGAUCAUGAUUCAGAAUAUAUUGAUGGUUUUCGAAUGAAAUGUCGUUUUAUUAAAUCGAAUCAUAUGUUAUUAUUUACUAACGAACAAGAUCGUCUUAUUGAAAUAACUGAAGCAACACGACGUCAAUCGUAUAUUGAUGUUCAUAAACAUUAUCGCAUCGAUUUAUUUGAUUUAUAUAUUUUAUCGAUUCGUUUAAUUCAUAAAUCAAUGUCUUUAAAUGAUUGGUGGAUAGCUUAUAAGACUUUUGUAACAACAUCGAAUAUUAAUAGUAAAGAAAAACAAAUUCAAUUACUUUGUGCGCCUGCUUUUAAUUUACCUUUACCGAAACAGAUAGCACUUCAAUCAGCUUCUUUAAUAGAAUUUUAUGAAAUGUUCAAAACAACUAUAUUUUCAAUUUAUCGACCAUCAACAUCAAAUUUAUUCUCAACUAUAAGUUAUAUUACUCCAGCUAUACAAUUAUCAUUUCGACCAAAAAUUCUUCAAUGGUUUGAUAAAAGAAUCCAAAAUCAUCAACGUUUAAAAGAUCUUUUAAAUAAUAAUUGUUUAUGUUUAGUUGCUUGUGGAUCUAAAAAGACAUCAUUUCAAUAUGAUUUUUCUCUUAUUGAAUAUCAUAUUAUGAAUCAGUUUAAUGCAAGUGAAUAUCAAUUAAAUAUACUUGUUAAAAAAUUUGCUAUGAAAUAUUUACAUUGUUCAUUAGAUAAUUAUUUUCUUCGUACAACAAUUUUAUGGAUAUGUGAAAUACAUGAUCUUGAAAAUUAUCAUAAUAUAUUUGAAGUUUGGAUAUCAUAUAUGCGUGAUGUAUGUCGAAAACGUUAUUUAGCACAUUAUUUUAUUGAAAAUAUUAAUAUAUAUGAAAAACAUUCUGGUUUAGAAGAUAUAAUCAAUACAAUUGAUUAUAAAAAUAUUGAUCUAGUGAUUGAAAAACUUGAAGAAAAUCUUAUUUUUCCCUAUUUUCAUCAAUAUAAUGUUCGUCUGAAAAUGUUAGUAAAAUUUAUUGAAUCUCAACCUGUUUUAGCUUUUAAAAUGAAAAUAAUUUAUAAUGUUAUUGUUAAAUCAAAAUUUCUUAAUGCUAAUAAUUCAUUACAUGAAAUAUGUAGUAUACUUUGUCAUUUAUCAUUAUUAGAAGAUACAGAUCAAGAUAAUAUAAUUAAUUUUUGGUAUCAACAAUGGAAACCAUUAUUUAUAGAUUUUGAUCGAGAUGAUAUUGUUCUUCAACAAUCAACAAUCGAUUAUCCACCAGAUCAAUUAGCACAACAUAUGACAACAAGUGUAUUUAAACUUAUUCAAAUAGAUUUAAAUCAAAUGAUUAAUUCAAUAGAAUCGAAUAUGUAA